AUGUGUCAUUGGAUGUGGGCCCUCAAGCUUGGUGCCCUUCGGGGCCUCCUGCUUCCUGUGGAAGUGGCUGACUCCUAGGGUGCUUUGGGAGACUACCCACUUGGGGGCAUUGUCCUCUGUACUGAUCACUGUCCUCUGCGUUCUCUUUUUUUUUUGUGAGGGUGACUAUGCCUCUUGUCAGGCCUGGGUCUAGACCACCAUCAUAUUUUGGAUCCCAGGGGCCAUAGAUGAACCAGCAAAGCUGGCUCUGGGGUUGAAGAGAGAAUUCUCCUCUGGACUUUUCUGACUGUCAUAGUCAGACUCAUAAUCUAUUAUCCCAUUAGGCCUACUCAUCCUUGUCUUUCAUUAAGACAUUUUACGUGAGAUUUUACUAUUUACCUGUAAUGUAUUCUUCAACAUUUAAGUGAUAACAACUUGCAUACAGUAGUCCUAUCACCAGAAAGGUUGAGAUAAUUAGGCUAUUCUUUUUGUGGAAAUUCAAUCAAUUCAACACUUGUCAAAUCAAAUCACAUUUUAUUUGUUACAUGCGUCGUAAACAACAGGUGUAGACUAACAGUGAAAUGCUUACUUACAGGCCCUUCCCAACAAUGCAGAGAGAAAGAAAAUAGAGACAUAAUUGAAAAGUAAAACACUAAAUAGUAAAAGUAAUGAUAGAUACACAAUCAGUAUCGAUGUGCAGGGGUAUGAGGUAAUUGAGGUAGAUAUGUACAUAUAACUAGGAAUAAAGUGACAGAUAGUAAACAGUAGCAGCAGCGUAUGUGACUUUUUAACUAACUAUUUAGCAGUCGUAUGGUUGGAGGUAGAAGCUGUUCAGGGUCCUGUUGGUUCCAGACUUGGUGCAUCGGUACCUCUUGCCCUGCGGUAGCAGAGAGAACAGUCUGUAACUUGGGUGGCUGGACUCUUUGACAAUUUGUAGGGCCUUCAUCUGACACCGCCUGGUAUAGAUGUCCUGGAUGGCAGGGAGCUCGGCCCCAGUGAUGUACUGGGCCGUCUGCACUACCCUCUGUAGUGCCUUGCGGUCAGAUGCAGUUGCCAUAGCAAGCGGUGAUGCAGCCAGUCAAUAUGCUCUCAAUGUUGCAACUGUAUAACUUUUUGAGGAUCUGAGGGCCCAUGCCAAAUCCUUUCAGCCUCCUGAGGGGGUAGAGGCGUUGUCUAGCCCUCUUCACAACUUUGUUGGUAUGUUUGGGCCAUGAUAGAUCCUUAGUGAUAUGAACACCGAGGAACUUAAAGCUCUCAACCCGGUCCACUACAACCCGGCCCUCCGUUUCCUGUAGUCCACGAUCAGCUCCUUUGUCUUGCUGACGGUGAGGAAGAGGUUGUUGUCGUGGCACCACAAUGCCAGGUCCCUGACCUCCUCCCUAUAGGCUGUCUCAUUGUCGUCGGUGAUCAGACCUACCACCAUCUGGCCCUCUGGGCCAUGUCCAUUCUCUCAAAGCACUUCAUGAUGACCGCCCCGCCACACUCACCCUGGUCAUCAUGAAGUGCUUUGAGAUGCUGGUCAUGGCCCACAUAAAGGCCAGCAUACCAGGCACACUGGACCCACUCAAAUUUGCCUACCACUCCAACAGAUCCACAGAAGAUGCCAUUUCCAUUGCUAUUCACACGGCCGUAACACAUCUGCACAAGAGGAACACCUAUGUAAGAAUGGUGUUCAUUGACUACAGUUCAGCAUUCAACACUAUUGUUCCCUCCAAGCUCGACACCAAGCUCAGAGCCCUGGGUCUGGACACCUCCCUCUGCAACUGGAUCCUGGACUUCCUGACGGACAGACCACAGGCUGUGAGGAUUGCCAACAACACCUCCUCCACACUGACUGUUAACACAGGACACCCCCAUGGGUGUGGCCUCAGCCUUCUGCUGUACUCCCUGUUCACCCACGACUGCAUGGCUUUGCACGACACCAACUCCAUCAUCAAGUUUGCAGACGACCCCACGGUUGUUGGCCUGAUAAACAUAAAUGACAAGUCAGCCUAUAGGGAGGAGGUAAGUGAACUGGCAUUGUGGUGCCAGGACACCAACCUCUCCCUCAACGUCAGCAAAACAAAAGAGUUGAUUGUUGACUUCAGGAAGCAGACGAGGGAACAUGCCCUGAUCCACAUCAACUGGACUGCAGUAAAGAGAGUAAACAGUUUUAAGUUCCUCUGCGUCCACAUUACAUUUUAAUCAUUUAGCAGACGCUCUUAUCCAGAGCGACUUACAGUUAGUGAGUGCAUACAUUUUUUUUCUCAAUUUUUCCUCAUACUGGCCCCCCGUGGGAAUCGAACCCACAACCCUGGCGUUGCAAGCGCCAUGCUCUACCAACUGAGCUACAGGAGGCCCACAUCACCGAGAACUUGGCCAGCAACAUCACCACUGUUGUCAAGAGGGCGCAACAGCGUCUCUACUUCCUAAGGCGGCUGAAGAAAUUCGGCAUGCCACCCCGGGUCCUCUCCAAAUACUACCGCUGCAUCAUCGAGAGCAUCCUAACCGGUAGCAUCACGGCCUGGUAUGAGAAUUGCUCUGUCCAUGACUGCAAGGCCCUCCAGCGGGAAGUGAAGACGGCCCAGUACAUCACUGGGACUGUGCUCCCACCCAUCCAGGACAUCUACUCGAAACGGUGCGUGAAGACAGCAUCAUCAAGGACCCCACAAACCCCAGCAACAAGUUGUUCACUCCCUUACCGUCAGGCAGAUGUUACCGGAACAUGAGGUCUGAUACCAACAGUUUCUAUCUACAAGCCAUCAGACUGCUGAACACUUGAACUGGACUGACCACCUGCUCUGAUUCUCCGCACCUAAGCACACAUGCACUCACUCAUGCACACACCCACACAGACAUCCACACACACAUAAGUUCAUGCUACACACACAUCACAACUGCUGCUACAAGGCUCUUAUUAUGAUUGCUAAAUACUGCACAAUUUAAACUCUUGACCCCCAAUCCCCCUUCCCCCCUUCCCCCAAACACAUGCAAAUAUUGGACUAUAAAUUGUGCCUUCCUGUAUUAUACUUAUGCUAAAAUGUUUAUUAUAUUAUUCUGAGCCAUUUACUUUAUGUUCGUAUUUGUAUCUUUUCUUAUUUUGUAUUGUUUUUGCAUUGUCGAGAAGGAACCUACAAGUAAGCAUUUCAUUGGACGGGGUAUACCAUGUGUAUCCUGUACAUACGACUAAUAAAACUUGAAACGUAUAGGUUUUGUUCUAUGAGAUAAUCUUCUCAAAAUGUAUACGAUCUCCUAAACCUGUGUUAACCUCAGACGUUAUUUUUCGGCGUUUAUCCCAAAACUCAAUUCUUUCCCCCCAUAGGAAUGGCUGAACAACCAAGAGGAAACUCGUUUCCGUAUUUUAGGACUACAAGCUUGUAGUCCUAAAAAACGGAAAUUAGUUAGUAUUUUCAACCUCUGGUCCAUUGGUCUUAAUUUUAAGGGUAUGGUUAGGCAUAUGGUUAGCAGUGUGGUUAAGGUCUGAGGUUAACAUGCACAGGCUUAGGAGAUGUUAUACGUUUUGUUCUGAGAUAAUAUCAGUCAGUUAACAUUACCUUUAUGAAUUAUGAAGCUUUUAUGUGCUUGUUUUGAUUACAUAAAUACUUCAAAAUGUACAGCUGAUGAAGAUUAACUCAUAGAACAAAACGUAUAUGAUCUCCUAAACCUGUGUUUACCACAGACCUUCGGCGUUUAUACAAAACCCCCAUUCAUUUCCCCAUAUGCUUUGGCCAACGAGACAUGGCAGUGUUAGCCACUGUCAGUGGCUACAAAAAGACGCCAUUCUCUUUAUUGCAACUAUGUUCUAGCCAGGACAUGGAUAUAUUGAGGUUAGGAACAUUUCUCACGUGCCGUGAGCUUGGGCAUUGGAGAAGGUAGGUCAAUUGGCGUUAUCAAUGCUUUGCGGCCUCCCUUAUCUAUUUCAUGACUCGGCUGUAAAUGAACGAGUUGUUAUAAUAUUAACUCAGAAAAACAAAAGACUUCCCCCAGGCUCUUCAAUCCUCUAAGCAGCAGGGCAAAAUAAUAUGUAUUUCGAGACUGGGGAAAACAACAACGAACAACCCACGUGAGUAGCCUAUAGGCCUACAUUUUUUAAAGAAUUUGUAGGUUCGGGGACUGUAAAAUGUUUGGCAUUCAGCAACUGAACAGUUUCAAUUUUGCGGACUAAAUGAUGAACAAACUGGCAACAUUCAUUUAGGACUUAUUAAGGCUUUACACGGUACGUGACUUUAAUAAACUUGCCUCUUCAUAUUCCUUUUUGCAGUUAAUUUAUAGGAUGUCACCGCUACUGACGCUCGCGCUAGGACUAUUUGUAUGUCUGCCUCUGCUGGAGUUUGGGGCAGGGGCGCGACUGUCUCUCAGUGGCACAGUGAGAACACCAUGGAAUAUGACAGACAGGAUAUCAAAUGGAAGCCGACAAGAGGGAUCGACAUCUGAACAUUUAGAUGAGGCUUUUGAAGAGCAGGUGAGAACAUUGUGGAAGACAGCCUAUGCCAGUUUGUAUUGUCUCCAGGUCUCUGAAAUAUCUGAAUUUGGCCUCAAUAGAUCAGUGUUACAACAACUUCACUUUACAGCAAUAUUAUGAAGAUUAUGUAAUUUAGCGUUGAUAAGUUCACAAGUUAACCUUUGAGACACUGCUGUCAACAACACUAAAUCUAUUUUGUGCAUUGGUAAAAAUAUAAAGUAGCCUAGCUAUUCUAAUAGUUUAAUAAUUUCAGUAUUAUUACCACUGAUGAUUAUCGCACUUGCCAAUCAUUUCAGCUGUCCAUUUACUCUUGUCAAUACCUGUCUUUUUUUCCAGGUCUUCUACUUGCAGCGUCUGUUCCAUCAUUAUGGAGAAAACGGGACCCUGUCCUAUAAGGGCCUGCAGAAGUUAUUGGGCAGCCUGGGACUAGGGCAGGUCAGUGUGUUGGAGAUCAGCCACCGAGGGUCGAGGCACAACCAUAACACUCUGACACCACCUCCCCCUCCAAAUACACAAUCUCAUGACCAUGACGAUCAGGAAACAGACACCCCCAGUCCAAGGAGGCCUAUUCAACCAUCCCCCUCUGCAAACGCAGCCAGGUCAGAGACAGAUAUUACAACUGAUUUGGUCCCAUGAUUGUUAGAUAUACAGCCGCUUUUGAAGUACUGAAGUUUCAUCAUCAGGUUAUGAAUAGUUAGUUACGCAAUGUCACCUGAAUAAACUGUGCUGCCUCUUCUUAACCCCCUCUGAAAGAACCCCACACCCUGGGAUAUCGGGGUCUGCUGGAUCUAGGUCUAAAGAGGGCAACACAUUAUCCUCUGAUCACUUGAUUAAGGAAGAGGUCCUUCCGUGGUCAUCCCCUAUUGCACACACUAUUCCUGUCCAAGGAAUGUUUGACUCCCUUGUGUCAAAUCACCCCACUCAGAGGCAUCUUCAUGGGAACGUGAGUAGUUAAUAAAAGACAAUUGAUCUGGUUAAUGUUUUGUGCCAAACGCACAAAGUUUACAAUUCACUUCUGCUUACUGUUCUUGGCAAAAUGUUAUCCUCUCAGGUUUUUAUUUGACAUUGUUAUUUAAAGGGAGUUAAUGAGAAAAUCCACUAUUAAAACAUUCCCCUUAUAUAAACAGUUUCUGUGGACAUUGAAUACUUUUAACCCUUUCCUUUUCAGUGUCUGAACGUUACUCAGCUCUUGUGGAAUUUCGGUCUGGGAAAGGCAUCCCACAUCACUCCUGCCCACUUCACCCUCUUGUGCCCAGCUCUGCUGUACCAGAUUGAGAGUGGCGUGUGUCUACGCCACCCAGAGACUGAUGGGGCAGAGUCAGAAAGGAGUGUGACUUUCCUCAAAGGUGCAUUUAUGAAACUACAUACCAGCAAUGAGAGGGAAUGAUUUAUCGAUAUAGGAUGUUUCAAAAGGCAAUGUAGCUCUUUACAACUUGGAGCACAGGGGUGUAACUUAACAGUUAGGAUACACUAAGACUUAACAGAACCCUGGAAACUACAAUACCCUAUUGUUUAAGCAGAAUGAAUACAUCAUCAAAAUUAAUAUUUUUUUUUUAUUUUUUUUCGCAGCUUUGGGAUGGAGCUCCUUAGCUCUGGCUGUGAUCAGCCUGCCGUCUCUGCUGUCUUUGAGCCUGGUUCCCCUUCUGCCCCCUGCCCGCCUACGCUCCUUCCUCUGCCCAAUGACAGCCUUGGCUGUGGGGACGCUGUGUGGCGAUGCCAUGCUGCAUCUCCUGCCUCAUGUAAACACCCUUCCAAACUGUCAAACACUACAUACAUACCAGUGCUACUGUCUCUGUUUAGUCAUGGAGGGUUAAGUUGUAAAAUCUAGUAGUAAAUGUAAGUCUAAAAUUAAACACGUUGUAUCUGUGUCCUGCAGGCCAAGACUGGGCCACUCUCAAGCCACUCUGAAGAACAGGACUCCAUACUGAAGGGCCUUUGUGUGCUGGGAGGGUGCUACCUCCUCUUCAUCUUUGAGAGCCUUCUAGGACUGAGGACCCAUUAUAAGGUUAGCUGGAUUUAGAGAAUAAAUGGGAGAGUCUGAAGUUGUCACUGUUUUAUGAUACACUGUGCAUAGCAGUCAUUGGGAAAUUCUCAAUUGCAUACUUCUUCGGUCCUCCUCUCUCCUCACCUCCUUCUCAAAACCCAUUGGAUGAGAAAGCCAGAGGUCCCGCCCCUCUGACCUUCUCCAAUGGGUUUUGAAGAGGUUGAGGACGCGAGGUGUAUGCAAUUGAGAUUCUCCCUAAGUCAUAUUAUCUGAUGGAAAAGAGGUUAUAGUUUAGUCUUGUAUUCCUGAUGUAAAUGUUUCACUCACAUGGACUGUUUAAAUUGUUUUUGUCAUCAGAAGGCUAAGAGGAAGAGGAUGCAGCAGAACAACAGUCUAAAUCCUGACCCAGAGAGGGAGCUUACUGCUCUGCAGAGUGAGUUGGUGGAAUGUAAUACUUAUGUAACUUUAUAAGCACAUUUAUGUCUGUAUUGGCAAAGUUGAACCGUUGCAUUGUAAAACAUCUUUCUCAUCUCUCCCCUGUUCUUCAGGCCCCACCAUUCCUGAGCAGACACAUCCCUCUGAGCAGCACAGUCAUGGUCAUUCACACGGCCCGCCUGGCCAGGAGCAGGUUGGGAUAGGAAGCUUGGUGUGGAUGGUGGUUAUGGGAGAUGGGGUCCACAACCUUACUGACGGACUGGCCAUUGGUGCAGCAUUCUCUCAGAGUCUGGCUGGAGGUCUCAGCACCACUGUAGCUGUGUUCUGCCAUGAGCUUCCUCACGAGCUAGGUAGGUAUACACGAACAUCUCACCUUUCUGUGAUGUGCAUGUAAAAACAGAUGGGUGCAACACAUAAAAGCAUUGCACAUCGACAUGCCCUUCAAAAGUUUAAGCCUGGUACUAGAACGUUUCAGGUAGACUUAAUAAUAAUAAUAAUAAUAUGCCAUUUAGCAGACUUCUGCUCUGUAAUGAGUAUGAGACUAUCAAAUGGAUGCAUUGUGUUGUCUAUCUGUGCAGGUGACCUGGCAGUGCUGCUGGGAGCAGGGUGGCCUGUUCGCAGACUGGUUCUCUUCAGUGCUGUGUCAGCCCUACUGGGCUUCAUGGGCUUGCUAACUGGCUCUGUCCUGGGCCACCAGUCAGCCCACAUCUCCCCCUGGAUCCUCACCCUCACCGCUGGGGUCUUCCUCUAUGUGGCCCUCGCUGACAUGGUGAGUCACUAGUCUACAGUGGAAGGAGUUCCACACUUGUACCCUUUUCACAUUAUCGGGCCAACCUGAACCGCACUCUGCUGGCUCGGAUAUUUCCUUUUCACAUCGUCCUUUCCAGCAUGGUUCCAGCAACUAUAGUGGUUGCGUAACCAGGCCAGCACAGCAUAGUAGUGUGAAAAGGCAUUUUACAGACAAGUCUAUUAAUUUGUUCAGUUUAAUAAUGUUGCAUUUGUCAUAUUUUCUCCUCUUGCUCAAUAGUUGCCCGAGAUGCUUCAUGGUGAUCCUGGCCCGAUGGGACCCUGGACUCGCUUCCUGCUACAGAACCUAGGCUUGUUGGCAGGGGGUGCGAUCAUGCUGUGUAUCGCUCUGUUUGAGGACCAUAUCGCCUUCAACCUGGGUGACGUCUGAUUCAAUGGGAAGGAUAUGAGUGGAUCAGAUUCUAAAUCACCUGAGGUUCUGAUGGUGAUUGUAAACCACUGGAUUGGAUACUCUUUCAACUGAAGUGCAAAUGGCCAAUACCAAAUGACUUCUUAUCAGAGUAGACUUCGGUCCAGGAGGUAAUUUACAUUACUUUACUACUAAAGGCUGAAAAACAUGAUUUAAGAUGACCUCAAUAAGUACCAGCUUCGCUUUCAGAGCACUCUGGACGUGUUUACGC